AUGGCUCCGCACGGCCGGCGAAAACAGUCAUCAUGGCUGAUAUCUUCCCCGUUCCUCACCCUCGUCCUCGUACCAUUCCUUCUCUUCCUCUUCUGCCUUCCCGCACCUGCCUCCGCCGCUGGCUCUGCCGUCCUUGGCAUCGACCUGGGCACCGAGUACCUGAAGGCUGCACUUGUGAAGCCUGGCAUUCCACUUGAGAUUGUCCUCACAAAGGAUUCAAAACGCAAGGAGUCCGCCGCUGUGGCGUUUAAGCCUUCUCGGGAAAGCAACGCCCCCUUUCCAGAACGAUUCUACGGUGGUGACGCAUUGGCUCUCGCUGCAAGGUACCCAGACGAUGUGUAUGCGAAUCUCAAGGUCCUGCUAGGUAUUCCCUUCAAUGGGGGAGAAGAGGAGAUGGUCAAGCUGUACAAGAGCCGGUAUCCCGCUUUACAGAUUGAACGCGCGCCUGGUGAACGAGAUACUGUCGCGCUACGGAGCCGGAAACUGGGUGAAGCAGAGGGGAAGGAUGCGUUUCUGGUUGAAGAACUCCUCGCCAUGCAGCUGAAACAGAUAAGGGCGAACGCUGAAGCAUUUGCUGGCAAGGGGUCGACGAUUCGAGAUGCGGUCAUUACUUACCCCUCGUAUUUCACUGCGGAAGAGAAACGUAGUGUGGAAUUGGCAGCCGAGUUGGCAGGCCUGAAUGUCGAGGCGUUAAUCAGCGAUGGUUUGGCUGUGGGAUUGAAUUACGCUACUAGUCGAACAUUCCCAAGCGUCACCGAAGGCCAGAAACCUGAGUAUCACCUCGUCUACGAUAUGGGGGCAGGAUCGACGACAGCUACAGUCCUGCGGUUCCAGAGCCGGAAUGUUAAGGAUGUAGGACGAUUCAACAAGACCGUUCAGGAAGUUCAGGUUCUGGGUACUGGCUGGGAUAGAACUCUUGGUGGAGACGCCUUGAAUCAGCUCAUUGUCGACGACAUGGUUGCCAAGUUCGUCCAGGAGAAGAAGUUGAAGGAGGGCACCACGGAAGCCGACAUCAAGUCUCAUGGGAAAACCAUGGCAAAGUUAUGGAAGGAAGCGGAGAGGGUGCGACAAAUCCUGAGCGCGAAUUCGGAAACAGGGAGCACGUUUGAAGGUCUUUAUGAGGACGAUGUCAAUUUCAAGUACAAGAUUACUCGUGCAGAAUUCGAGAAGCUAGCUCAGGAGCAUGCCGAUCGUGUUCGGAAACCAUUGGAUGAUGCGUUGGCUGAAGCGGGAUUGCAAUUGACUGAUCUCGAGUCGGUGAUUCUGCACGGAGGAGCUGUAAGAACCCCUUUCGUGCACAAGAAAUUGGAGGAGGCUUGUGGAGAGUCUAGCAAGCUCCGGACUAGUGUCAACGCCGAUGAGGCGGCCGUUUUUGGGGCAGCUUUCAAGGGCGCCGCUCUCAGUCCCAGCUUCAGAGUUAAGGAUAUCCGAGCAGGAGAUGCAGCCAACUAUGCAGUCAAGGUGAAGUGGACGUCGGACGGAAAAGAAAGACAGCAAAAGCUCUUCACUCCCACCUCUCAGAUUGGUGUGGAAAAGCAGGUGACUGUGAAGAAUCUGGAUGAUUUUGAUUUCAGUUUCUAUCAGCAGAUCCCCAAGGGCGGUGACUUGGUCGACGCGCCGGUUCUCCGCGUGGAAACCCAAAAUCUGACGGCGUCUGUGGCCCAAUUGAAGGACAAAUUUGGAUGCACGCCCGCGAAUAUCACGACCAAAUUUUCUAUCCGGCUUAGUCCUGUUGAUGGGUUGCCGGAGGUCGUCAGUGGCACUGCCAGUUGCGAGGUUGAAGAGGCUAAGAAGGGGAGCGUUGUGGAUGAUGUCAAGGGUUUCUUUGGUCUGGGGUCGAAAAAGGAUGACCAAAAGGUACUCAAAGCAGAGAAUGAAGAGCCAACCGAAUCCAUUACAUUGCAGGAAGAGCCGUCAUCAACUUCGACCUCGUCAUCUACAGAGACAUCGUCCAGCAGCAGUGCCGCAAAGGAGACGAAGACUGCGGCUUCUGAGCCCAAGACAAAGGUGGAAACUAUCUCGAUUAGCUUAAGCUCCACUCCACUGGGCACACCGGCCCUCUCGCCUUCCGAGCUCAGCCGAAUUAAGGAACGUCUUGCUGCCUUUGAUGCCUCGGACCGUGAGCGUAUUCUGCGGGAGGAAGCGCUCAACGAACUGGAAGGAUAUAUCUACCGCGGCCGGGAUUUGGUCGAGGAUGAGGAAUUCCUGAAAGCUCUCAAGAGUGACCAGCCUGCUGUCCUGAAGGAGAGGCUAGAAGUGGCGAGCGAAUGGCUCUAUGGAGACGGCGUGGAUGCUAAGACUAAGGACUUCCAGGAGAAGCUGGCAUCUCUGAAGGAAAUUGUUGAACCGGCCGUAAGAAGGAAGAAAGAGAAUUCCGAGCGGGGGCCCAAGAUAACGCUCCUGGAAGAGAAGCUUAAAGAAGUCGAAGAUAUUGCAAAACUCGUGGAGCAGCAGAUUAAAAACGAUGAGGAGGCAUUCUCAUCCUCGUUGUCUGCGGCAAGCCAAUCUUCGACGAGUACCUCGACGAGUACCACCUCUGCCGAGUCGAGCAGUGAGACUUCCACAAGUAGCACCACCACCACCACAACCUCUUCUUCCCCUGCCGAAUCUUCCACUGUCGAGUUUGGCGAUCUUGAGGAUGAUAUUUACUCAACCUCAAGCUCUACUACGUCAUCAUCAACCACUACUAGCACCACCUCUCUUCCCUCUAAGCCAGCCACGCCAACCUACACCAUCUAUUCUCCGACGGACCUCGCCUCUCUGAACCGGGUCUACGACUCCGUCAAGACAUGGUUCGAGACCCAGCGCGCCUUGCAGGUGAAGCUGACCGAAUCCGAUGACCCAGCCUUGACGGUGGCGGACAUGGAAACCCGCCUGCGCGAGCUGGAGCGCGCCCUAAGCCGCAUCUACCAAAAGAUGGGCCGGUUCUUUGAAUCCGCCAAUUCAUCGUCGUCGAAGAAAGACGGUGAAGCCAAACAACAACAGCAGCAGCAGCAGCAGCAGCAGCAACAACAACAACAACAAAAGAAAGAAAAGAAGACGUCUACGGAAGGGAAGUCGAAGACCACCAAGUCCAAGCCCGAUCCCUCUAGGAAAGACGAGUUGUAA